UGCAACUCUUGAACUCCUUAACGUGACGUCACUGUUGAUGACAGGCACCAACGUGACAUUUGGACCAUUGCCUUUUAACAAUUAAAAACACAACGAGGUAUUCAUGUCCAACAGUUGACGCUCUGAGUCUUAUUAUUUGCUCAUCUCUCCAGAGAUGUCUCUCUUAGAUCUGCCCCAGGACAUCCUCUCCAUCAUCCUAUCUUACCUUCACCCAAAAGACUACCUUGCAUUUUGCCAGAUUUCCAAAGCUGUCUACCUGGGAUACCGACAAGACUCCCUGUACUGGCGAACCGCGACAUCAAAUACCUUCCGUCUUCCAAUCAGUCCUUUGCUUGAUGCGGACGGCCAACGCUGGUACUGGCUGUACAAACGUCUGAAGACCCAGACGCAACUCUACACCUGGGGUCAGGGAGUGAAAGGUAAUUUGGGCUUCGGUCGGGCUCUUCCUAUUCCUCGUCGGCCGCACCCGAGAGUCGGGCACGCUCGACCAUUUCCCCCCAACAGGAUCCCUUCUCGACCAACGUUCCCGAAAGCAUCAUCUAACUGGCCAACCGAGACUCAUGUUCCCGACGAAGUUGGCGUGAUUGCUGAUCUGCAAUGCGGAGGCUGGUCAACCACCAUUCUCGCCUCCGACGGCAAGCUCUAUACUACUGGUUCUAUUGACUCCCUCAACGGCGUCCCUGUAGGCCAGACGGUUGAGCAAUUUACUCGACUCGAAUGGCUGACCCAGAGUACUUCUGCAAUUCGGCAAUUCUCCGCUGGGAGACGGCAUAUCCUCGCUCUCACUGAUGAUGGGGAAAUCCUUUCCUGGGACCGAGUCAAUGCCAAAGGCUUGAAAGUGUUCUCCAGGACUGGGAUAAACUUUGGUGGAAAGCCAACCCGAAUUGCAGCAGGAUGGGGUCACGGUUCCGCUUACAUACCGGAGACGGGCAUAGUCUUCUGGGAGCCUAUUCGAAACAAUCACACCGAUGAGAUGCUGGACGAAGUACAUGUCAAGGAGAAGGUCGUGCCAGGAACAGCCCGGCAACACACAGAAAAAGGCUAUACCGAAGUGAUCAAACAUAUUGUGUUGUCAGAAUUCUUGCUAUGGAUCACCAACGACUCGAAAAUCUAUGCCUGCAGUCUCCAGGUCGAGAACGAUGAACAGAUGGAGCCUACAAGAUCUGUGUUCGAGGUCCCAGGUUAUAGUGCGUCAGAUCGUGAGUUGAAAGAUAUACAAGGCCAGUUCCAGAGGUUCGGGGUCUUCACUGCCACAGGAGAAGUCCUUGCAGGCAAUGUUGAUUACCUCAGACGAUGUGCCGAAGCUGUUGAAAAUCAACCUGAUCCGCUGGAAGCGGCUGACUGGUCAGCAUUGACGACAUUGCUUUCUUCUCGACCCAAAGAUGUCCCAGCCCUGCAACAUACCCAGGUCAUCGCCCUAGCGUACGGUGACUAUCACUAUCAUGCUCUGCAUGCCAAUGGCAAAAUCACUUCUUAUGGGACGGACUCUCAAUGUUGCGGGUCUUUGGGAUUUCCCAGCCCAGAAACCGGGGGCCGCUUCCGUGGUCUCCGUCGAGCACGGCCCGGUCUAGGACGGAUCGACGCACAUCUUUUGCCCAUCGCCAGUUUGCGAGGUCGUCAGGUCUGGUUCGAACCCGAGCGAAAGGACUGGCUUCAAUGGCUAGAAGAUCAGGUACAAAAAGCGCACCCUGACAGCGAUGGUCGAUCAGCCAAAGAGAUCUUGGACAACGACACGAGUAAACAAUCUGCGUUCAGUGAAUGGAUCGAGCAGGAAGGGAAACACUGGGGCGAAGGCCCUGCAAAUGCUUCUACGAGUUCUGCAUCGGGCAAAUCCAUGCAAGAAGGAGAUUCUGGUGACUAUGCCAACCUUGGUGCAUAUUUUCCGAUAACCAUCGCCGCGGCAGGUUGGCACAGUGGUGCUCUGGUUCUCUUCGACGAGGACAGAGCCCACGAGAUUCGAAACAAGUGGGUGAUACCGAAAGAGCACGAUGAGGAAGACCAACAUCCAAUGCCCGGUGCUUUUCAGAAUCUGGACUCGGAGGAAGAGUACGUCUGGCAGCGGGAAGGUUUUCCCAAAGUAAGUUUGUGGGACGGAUUCGAAAUGCCUGGUGAUGGCGUGCCACGACCCUGGCGCGAUGGAUUGCCCACUAUGCAGGAGCUGGGAAUCUUGUAGAACUAUUCCGCUUUUCUCCAGUAUGGCAAGCGACGCUUAGGAGCUCAUUGAUAUCCAUCUUUUCUAGCAUAGCGAUUCUUGGUCCAUAAGACCCAGGGG